ACCACUUGAUAUGAUAGUGAUUGAAAAGUGAAAACAAGGUAACCGUUAUGACUCCACCAUUUUGAAUCACUUUACUUUCUUUUUCCCUCCUCCUUCAAAUCAACUACUACACCAAACCCUAGAAAUCCCAUUCAUUCCCUUCCUUCUCACAUGCAAUGCAAGACUUCUUCGGCUCAAUUCGCCGAUCCAUUGUCUUCUCAACCCCGCCCUCCGCCGACGAUGCACGCUUCUCCGGUUUCGCCAACAAGAUCGGCUCCGCCAUUCGCAAAUCCAGAAUCGGCAGCCUCAAAUCUCCUCCUCCACCUCCGCCAAUUCGGUGGCGUAAAGGCGAGCUGAUUGGUUCCGGUGCCUUUGGGAGGGUCUACAUGGGCAUGAACCUUGAUUCCGGAGAGCUUAUUGCCGUUAAACAGGUUUUGAUUGAGCCUGGUAUUGCCUUCAAAGAGAAUACAAAGGCUAAUAUCCGGGAGCUCGAAGAAGAAGUGAAGCUUCUCAAGAAUCUUAAGCAUCCAAAUAUUGUUAGAUACUUGGGAACUGCAAGAGAGGAAGAUUCCUUAAAUAUUUUGUUGGAGUUUGUACCUGGUGGAUCUAUCUCAUCACUAUUGGGGAAAUUCGGAUCCUUCCCUGAGUCGGUUAUCAGAACGUAUACAAAACAGCUUUUAGAUGGUCUUGAAUACCUUCACAAUAACCGAAUUAUUCACAGGGAUAUCAAGGGUGCAAACAUUCUAGUUGAUAACAAAGGGUGUAUUAAACUCGCAGACUUUGGUGCAUCCAGAAAAGUAGUGGAAUUGGCUACCAUAAAUGGAGCAAAGUCUAUGAAGGGUACCCCACACUGGAUGUCACCUGAAGUUAUUUUACAGACAGGAUAUACAACCUCUGCUGAUAUAUGGAGUGUUGCUUGCACUGUGAUAGAGAUGGCCACAGGAAAGCCUCCAUGGAGUCAACAGUAUCCCCAGGAGGUUUCGGCUCUUUUCUACAUUGGAACAACUAGAGAUCAUCCACCCAUACCUGAACAUCUGUCUACUGAGGCAAAGGACUUUUUGCUCAAAUGCUUUCACAAGGAACCAAAUUUAAGACCUUCUGCAUCAGACUUGUUACUGCAUCCGUUCAUCACCUGCGAGUAUCGGGAAUCUCGUUCAAUAUCACGCAGUUCAAUCAGGGACUCUUGCAAUCAGAUGGUACCAAAUGGGCUGAACACUAGAAACUUUUUGGAUUCUAUCCAAGGAUCAACUAGCACAGGCCUAAAGGAUGUUUGUCAGACGGAUAGUUUAAGGUUCUCGACUGUAUAUCAUUCAAAUUCCAAUUCAAAUCUUUUAAAAGCAGGUUCCUACCAGGGAGCAGACAACGAUGAUGAUGACAUGUGUCUAAUAGAUGAUAAAGAUGAUUUUUUGGUUGAUUCAUCAGUAAAAUCUAAAUCCCUACUCGCUGCUGACGACAUAAAGAGUUUCAAUCCAAUGUCCGAGCCUCUGGAGGAUGACUGGCCUUGCAAGUUUGAUGAAACUCUGAAUUUGAAGAAAAGCAGACUGAACUUGUCCCCAGAUCAAACUACUAUGAAAACUAUGAGUCCCGCACCAUCUCCUAAUGCAGAGAAUGAGUUCUCAUUUUCAAGUGAACCUCUUGCGGUUGAAGAUGAUGAUGAAGUCACAGAGUCCAAAAUUAGAGCUUUCCUGGAUGAUAAGGCCUUUGAAUUGGAGAAGCUCCAAACACCUCUUUAUGAAGAAUUCUUUGGCAAAUCAAAUGCAACCAUUCCUCCUGCGCCUUUUGCAGUUGCUCAAAGUAAAGUUAUUUCUGAUGCCUCAAAUGUAACAUCAAAAAGCAGGUCUCCAAGUCAAACUAGACGACGAUUCUCAAUGGCUAGCAUCGCCAAUGUAACAAGCCCGGAGAGUCAUAGAAAAUAUCUUACAAAACUUAGUGGCACGACUUCUCAUUGUAGACCUUUGCGGGAAGUUCAGCCAUCCAAGCUCAAUGAAUCAAAGGAGACUCUUCAUGAUGCUGAGCUGGGAUCAAGUGUUAACUCAAGCUUCUCUGAGAUACAAAGGAAAUGGAAAGAAGAACUUACCGAAGAGCUCGAGCGGACGCGAGAGGUGAUGCGUCAAACAGGUGGAGGGAAGAUAACGUCCCCAAAGGAUCGCAAUUUUCUUAGAGACUAAUUGAUCAUUCUUCGCUUCUCCAAGCUACUUCUCCUGUAACAAGGAGGACAAACUGUUCGUCCUUUGAAGAAGUUGCAAGUAUAUAACAGCAUUUUCAAUUCCCAGUAACCUUGCAAUGAAAUCGAAAUAGAUGUCGCAUCGGAGAAUUAGAAAUAUUGGUUCUGCAGGAAAAUGUAAAAUUAGCAGUACAUUGAUAUUGGUUUUUUUUUCUCUCUUUCAAUAUUUUCCCGAUUCUAUGUAUUUUAGCGAGAUAUGCAUAUAGUGUAUUGAGUUAUGUAUAAAUUAUCAUCUUAAUAGAAAUAAAUGAAGAAAUUUAUUA